UGCAGUGCUCCUGGAGCUCCUCCUUCAGCCCCUCCUUCGCUUCGUUACCUGGCACCUGCUGUUGCCUAUAAAGCCUGGGAGGCUUUAUUCACUCGGUCUCUAGCCAGAGCCAGCAGCAUGGUCCUCAUUCACCCGUCGGUUCAACCUAUUGUAUCAAUAAACCCGGUUUUCAUAUACUUAAUCCUUGUUUGUCGACUAUAUGUUACUUCCCUCGAGCCGGGUCGUAACAUAUUGGGGGCUCGUCCGGGAUCAAUCUGGAUCAGUUAAUUAUUUCUAGUUUUCCCCUAGACAGGGUAACUUGGUAUGUUUUUGGAAGUGUGGCUAUGAGCAGCUUCCUUUCAUGGUGAGUAGGGUGAGUAUUGAAUCUGAGUGCUAUGAUUUUAAGUUGUGAGUGAUUCCCCCUGGUUAGUUAGGGAGUGUACCAGCUAGGCGGAGCAAUCUGUCUUUCCAUCGGUACCAUUUGUUAUUUUGCCUUCCUUAUUUUCGAGGUAAUCCUGGGUGGAGACGUGUUCUCUGGUGGGGGCGAGCAUUUCAGGGCCUUGGUCACAUGGCUGAGGUUAACUGAGCUUUGUUUUAAAGAAGCCUCGAGCCCGGCACGCCUCAGAAGAACAUUAGGGUUGGUUUAAAGUUAGGCAGAUACCAGGGGGUUUGCUUAGAUGAUCAUUUGCACUCGGAGGCUUGCUCACUGUGCUCAGCAGUGAUUGAUUUGUAAAGUUGCUUUAGUGACUGCUUUAUGGGCACAGUUGUGGUAACAUGUCCAGGGUCCUACAGCUUGUGGAUUUGUCAGCUGUAGUGUUGGAGGAGGUGUGUACAUCAGUGCGGGGCGUACUGAUGUAAGUUAAAACCUUGGGUGAAAGUGAUUGGUGUAUUUUGUAUUGCUUGGUUAUUGAAGUUAUCUAGUAUGGCGGCUAUCGAUGACUUUAUUAGUGCACCUUCGGAGGAGCUGCUUGAUCAGCUCACUAAGGAACAGCUCCUUAGUCUUGCCAGUCAUUAUGACAUUGAGAUUGCCAGUGGUGAUAAACGUCUUAAAGAUAGUUUAAGAGAAGCACUUAAGGCAAGCCUAGCAGAAGGAGGCGUCCUGAGGACGUCGGCUCUACCAGCAUACCAGCAUCAGCGUGUUCUUCCUCAAAUGUCAGAUGCUGUGCUGGAGUUCAGGUUGAAGGAGUUGGCGUUUCGAGAAUUAGAACUGGAGGAUAAAGAAAAAGACCGUAUCCUUAAGGAGAGACAAAUGCACCUAGAGGAAAGACAAAUGCACCUAGAACAUGAGCGUUUCUUGAAAGAGUUUGAAUUUAGGCAGGCUGCUUUGAGCUCAUCCAGUUCUGCCUCGGCUCAGUUUAACGUAGCGAGAAACAUCAGACUUGUACCUCCAUUCGCGGAGAAAAAUGUUGAGCGGUACUUCGCUCAUUUUGAACGAGUGGCUACCGUUUCAGACUGGCCAAUACAUGCCUGGACAUCGCUUUUGCAAAGCGUUUUGGUGGGAAAAGCACAAGACGCUUACGCUUCUUUAAACAUUGAGGAUGUCAAGGACUAUGAAAAAGUUAAAGGCGCCAUUCUAAGAACUUAUGAGCUCGUUCCUGAGGCGUACCGCCAGCGUUUUAGAGGCCUCAGUAAGCUGGAUGAACAAACUUAUGUAGAGUUUGCAAGGGAAAAGGACAUCAGUUUUAGUUCUUGGUGCAAGUCAGAGAAGGCGGAAACUAAGGAGGAUUUUAGACAAUUAGUUCUGCUGGAGGACUUUAAAAAUUGUCUGCCCGUUGCUGUGUGUACUUAUCUCAAUCAGCAAGAAGUGUCCACUCUUGAUGAGGCUGCUGUUCUAGCAGACAAGUUUGUGUUGACGCUCAAGGUAAACUUUGAUAGCGACCAAGGUGAGCGUAGGGGAAGGACUGGUUCUAGUAGACCUUGGGUUCCAUCCACUUCCUCCACCUGCUCAGAACCUCCUCCCACCGUUUCUACAACUUUCGCUAGAAGAGCGGCUACUGUGAGUACUCCGUUGGAGAAGACUUGUUUUUAUUGCAAGGACAGUGGUCACUUCAUUGCCGAUUGCCCUGUCUUGAGUAGGAAACAUGAGUCUUAUCAGCCUGUGGCCUUACUAAAAGUGGUGAAAAAAUGUGCUGCCAUCCAAGACAUGGACCAACCUGCUCAAAAGGCUGUAGCUGUGUGCUCCAGCCUUCCCAUUAAAGGGGUGUCAUUCAUCCUGGGAAAUGACCUAGCCGGUGGUAGGGUGCAUAUGGCUCCUGAGGUCCUUCGCCCUUGGUCCUUCGCCCUUGGUCCUUUACCCUUGACCUCAGACCUUAGACCCCAGUCCUCAGACCUCAGACCUCAGACCUCAGACCCCAGUCCUCAGUCCUCCGUCCUCUGUCCUCUGUCCUUCGUCCUCAGUCCUUCGUCCUUCGUCCUGUCCUUCGUCCUCUGUCCUUCGUCCUCCUCCGUCCUCCGUCCUUAG